UAAAAUCCAUAUGUGUCUGUGUAUAUAAAUUAGAAUAUACUUUUAUCCCAUCACUAUUUCUUUUUAAAAAUAUUUUUUUUUUACAUCAGAGAUGUUGGUCAUGGAGCAAAUUAUUAAGGUGGCACAGCAGUAUAUAAAACUGAUUUUAACUUAAACAGAAUGGUUGCAUUUUUACCUUUAAGAGUCAUUACAAUCUAAGUGAUACGAGUGAAAUUACACAUAGAAAUGUUUGUUUUUACGAUCUGGAAUGGUUAAUCAGAGUGAGAAAAUGUACAGUUCUACCUUAAAUUAUAACACGCUUCCCACUACUGCGUACAGCAGACCCAUGUGUUGCUCAGUAGUAUGUUUGCAAUCUAGAUUGUGUUUGACGUAAGAUAAGUAUCAAACGAUCAAUGAAUUUUAACGAUGCAAAGAAUGAAAUUCUGCAGGUGUUGUGGAAGACAGAGAGACGACAUCUUCCAAAGCUGUUAGAAUGGUUGAAAACAUCCGAUGAUCUGGGUGAUUUCCUGGUGGAUAACCAAAGUGUUAUUCUUCAAAGUAUUGCAGAAGACCUAAGGGUUUACCUUCCACUGGAGGCUAUGGCUCUCUCGGAGACUAUGGCUAUUCAGAAGACUCAACAGAAACCUCAUCCCACUGUGCAUGUGGAUGCAUUCUUAUAUGAUGAGGAAGCUGUGGAUUCAUUGUGUGAGGAGGGAAAAAUGAGUCGCAACUACUGCCUCAACUGUAGAUCGCACAGAACAGCACCGCUGGAGUUCAUUUCACAUUCAUUCUCAAUCCCGGAGCUCCAGUUCCUGUUCCACAACGUUCUUCCAGACCUCUCAGGAAAACUGGUGGUGGAUGUGGGAUCUAGACUUGGAGCUGUGUUAUUUGGGGGCUACCUGUACAGUGCAUCAUCUCAGCUUGUGGGGAUUGAAAUAAGUUCAGAGUUUGUCAAGCUUCAAACAAUGGCUGUAGAGAAAUAUGGCUUCAGUGACAGAAUUCAGGUGAUUCAUGCAGAUAUCCGCUCUCAGUCUGACUUAGUGCAAAAUACAGAUGUUCUGAUCAUGAACAACGUGUUUGAAUACUUCAUGGAACCAAGUGAUCAAAUGCAAGCUUGGCUAUUUAUUAGUCAAAAUUUCCGAAAGAAAGGUGCACUGUUAGUAACUGUACCCAGCAUUCAAGAGACACUUGCUUUACUUAAGGAUGCUGUUUUCCUAGAGACAUUAGCACUCAGCCAGUGGAUAGAGGAAGUACCACUUGAUUACACGGUUUAUCUAAAAAAUGACACAGAUCCAGAUUCUCUCAAGCAAAUCCAUCUUUAUAGAGUACUUUGACCCUCAGAGGAGUCUCUUCUGAUACAGUGGAACCAAUGAAUACGAUUAGCCUCAAUGAGGCCUUUAACAGGACAAAUGAUGCAAAUAGAUUUUUAUUAAACAUACAGCAUCCUCUUCUGAUGAAUGUUCACUUGUCAAUUUUUAA